AAAAAAAUAGAACCAAAUUCCCAAAACGGUAAAGAAAAUGUUUGAAGCAACAUAAACCCACACAAAAACUCUAUUCCAGCCAACGUUGUUGUUCCUCACCGGAAGAGAUGUCUCUGCGCAUGUCAAUGUCAAAAUUGCUCAAAAAACUUCGCUUUCCAGCUUCCCACACCUUCUCCGCCUCUACAGUUACCCAAAAUCCACUGCCCAUCUCAUUUUCCGAAAAUUAUUACUUCAAUUUUUCAGGAAAGGAACUUUCCCACUGGUAUCAAACUGGUGCAUAUGGUUGGAGAACAAAUCUUAGAGAUCCUUGUUUAUGGAUUGUUAUAUCUGGACAUUUUGAUUUUGAUGUAGUUGCGACACUUGGAAUUGGUGCCAACGUUGCGUUUGCUGAAGACGUAUCGUCCGAAACAUCUUAUGAUAAUAGUACUGGUGGAUUGAAAAAAAUUGAGGAUGGUUCUGUAGCGUCAAAUAUACAUACAGCAAAAUGGAGAGUUUUUACGGAUAAAGGAAGAGAGUUUUUCCUAGAGGGAAAAUUUGAUGAUGCUGAAAGACUCUUUCUUGCUGCCAUACAAGAAGCUAAAGAAGGUUUUGGCGAGCAGGAUCCGCAUGUUGCGUCUGCAUGCAACAAUCUGGCAGAGAUGUACAGGGUCAAGAAGGCAUUUGACAAAGCAGAACCAUUGUAUUUGGAAGCUAUCAAGAUCCUAGAAGAGUCGUUUGGUCCUGAUGAUGUAAGGGUUGCGGUUGCUGUUCACAACCUAGGGCAGUUCUACCUUGGACAGCGGAUGCUGGAUAAAGCACAAGUUAACUAUGAGCGCGCUUUGAAGAUAAAACAGCGUGUUCUGGGAUUUGGCCAUUCAGAAUGUUCUGAUACGAUGUAUCAAAUCGGCAUGGUGCUGUAUCUUCAAGGAAAAGAAAAGGAGGCUGAGACCAUUAUUAAAGACUCUAUAAGCAUGCUAGAGAAAAGUGCCGAAGGGGAGUCAGUUGUAUGCAUUAAAAGACUUCGUUUCCUCUCACAGUUAUAUUUGAAAUCACAUCGUCUUGAUGAAGCUGAGAUGGUCCAGAGAAAGAUACUGAACAUAAUGGAAUUGUCAAAGGGGUGGAAUUCUUUGGACACAGUUAUUGCAGCUGAAUCCUUGGCCUUGACACUACAAGCAUCUUCUGAAACAAAACAUUCCAAAGAGCUUCUUGAAAGAUGUCUUGAUGUCCGGAAAACCUUACUUCAUAGUGAUCAUAUUCAGAUUGGUGCAAACCUACUUCAUCUAGCAAGAGUGGCAAUGCUUGAUUACAGCCAACACAAAAAAUCGGAUGUUUCUAAAGCUAAAGCUGAGCUUGAUAUAGCAAAGGAUCAUUUGCGUAAUUCCAUAAGGAUCGCGCGUCAAUGUUUAGAUAAGGUAUUGAAACAUAAAGACAAGUCGAAGAAAAACAGUUUGGUUGGACGUUCUAGAAAGGAAGCCCAAGCAACACUUGUCAUAUUGUUGCAAUCACUCAGCACUCUUUCGUCGGUGGAGUUGGCUAAGCAAGAAUUGCAGGAGAUUCAGGAAGGGGAAAUUAACCUUAAGGCUAAAGAGGCACUUCUACAAUGCAUUGCUGCUUACAACGAGUUUGUUGUACAUAAGAAGUCCAUUGGUGAUUCACCUGAAAUAAAGAGCGAGUAUCUUUCAUGUUUUAAGCGUGCUCAAACCUUGCUUGGCAAGAAACUUGAUGGAGAGGGUAUCCAUAAGCUGAAUCAAAAGAAAUAAAGAAAUAUACCACACGUGAUUAGGAAUGUACGUCUGACCAGGCUUAUAGCAAAUGUGAGAUUCUAUCACAAAUGUUGUUAUUGAUAAUCAAUCACACAAAGCAUUUUGUUUUGCUUUGUAUGAUUACUAAUUACAUUAACUUGAUGUUGAAUUGUUCUAUACUUGUAGUUUUCAUUCAAUCAUUUUAAAUUCAUUGCAUGUAAGAUGUUGUGAUUACUAAUUAUUCUUAUUCAUAAUCACAUAAAAGCAAAAUAAAUUUAUUUUUC